GCACUAUAUUUGCCCGGAUGCUGGGCAAAAAAUACCGUAGAUGGCCUUACCCAUUUUUCACCAAGAUAGUCUUUCCUUUUAUUCAAAACUUCUUGAAAACAAUGAAAGCUUACAAACAUUGAGCCGACUUCGACAUGAUACUCUGAAAUCACAGGAUUCACAGAAGACGCCAUGUCGGCAAGUAAACAAAAAUAAAAAUGACGUAGUCAGCAUGUCGGGCAAAAUUUGUUACAGGAAAUGCACCCGGGUGCUGGGCAGGAUUACGGAGCCUCCUUGAACGUAAACACUCAGUCCGGUGCAAUCAUUUGAUCACUUGUGCUGCUCGUCAGGUAGGCUAGGGAGAGAAGCCAAGUGUGUCUCCGUCUCUGUCUCCUCUGCUUUGCAAUUGAUCUGAAAAUCAUGAAGUUGUUACAUCUUGGAUGAGACACAAUGUUGCGACCAGGAUGUGCAGAGCUUCGGGCUCUGUUGAGCUCCUUGAAUCAGCUGCGGCAAGCAGCUGUGAGACCAGUGCUUCUCUGUAGAGAAUGCCAGCGUCACUUGUCAACACAAAAGCCAGUGUCGAGUUUCCUUGUGAUUCCGUCGUCAACUCCAGCCGUCCCCGCGUCAGGGGUGCAAAGCUUGGGUUUCUCUAGUCUUCGCCUGCGUGGUUUUCGACAUGAUAUGCUAUGCGUCGUGCGUCCCAGCAGGCACUUCUCCAUGAAGUCGGAUAAAACUACUGGUGUGGAUGAGAAAGGCAGUCAUGUUCUCCGUGAUGUUUCUGCUGCUGCCAGCAAAGGUUCUAAGACUUUGGCCAGUGGAGGUGGCGAUGAAGCUAGUGAGAGUGAGGCACAGGCGGAUGGGACGUCUGAGAAGAAAAAGAAUAAGCUGCUCAGGAUUACACCAAGGUCGAGAAAGCCGAACCCUGUGGACUACAGCUACACAGGGAACAUCUACAUUCUACCUCAGCGGGCCCUCAUGGAGUACCUGCUGAAACCCAAUGACAUUGAAGACCUGCCAAAGUAUACAAGGCGGAGUCCGUAUGCUGAUGGUACCCGUAUCACAUUGUACCUGAGAUCUGAUGUAGAAGAAGUUGCCCUGCGCAAGUGGGGAGGAUUUGACACGCUAAACAAAGAGAAGGCUCGUCUGCGUGGCAUGGAACAUUCUGGCAAAUAUGAUGCCUCUGACUGGCGUUCCAUCUUUUCCGACAUGAGUGCCUCAGGGUACUCGAAUCCAGACAGUCCAGAUUCCUUCGCCAUGCAGGGCCACAAGCCGGACACAAACCCACAUGAACCUACCUUCUUGAAGUCUGGGUCAACAAAAGUUGUCCUGUCUGCAAUUCUUGUCAACGGAGCCAACAGUCUGUUCAAGCUCAUCGCCUGGCUGUACACAGGUUCUCACAGUAUGUUCUCUGAGUUCAUCCACUCCUGUGCUGACACCAUGAACCAGAUUAUCCUGGCUGUGGGCCUGUACCACUCAUUCAAGAAGCCGGACACUGACCACCCGUAUGGUUAUCGGAACCUGCGCCACAUAUCCUCUCUCAUCAGCGGUGUUGGGAUCUUCUUCCUGGGCACGGGACUCUCCUGGUACCACAGCAUCCAAGGCUUCAUGCACCCCACAGACCUGGGCUCUCUGCAUUGGUGUAUCGCGACACUUGUUGGCUCUUUCAUCUCUGAAGGAGCUACUCUGGUCAUUGCUGUGAACCAAGUGAGGAAAAGCAGCAAGGAGUCCAACAUGAGCUUUGUGGAGUACGUCUUACGUGGGAUAGAUCCCAAUGUCAACGUGGUCCUGCUGGAAGACCUGGCUGCUGUGGUGGGCGUGGGCAUCGCCGGAGCGUGUAUCACCAUCUCCCAUGUCACUGGCUCUCCAUUCGCUGACGCCGUCGGCUCUGCCGUGAUAGGGACCCUGCUAGGUUCCGUGGCAGGCUUCAUUGUCUACAACAGCACCAACCAGCUCGUGGGCAGGUCUAUCCCCAUGGAUGAGCGUCAGGACAUCAGUAUGCUGCUAGAGCGGGACCGCAUGAUCAGAUCCCUCCAUGAUAUCAAGGCCACUCAAAUGGGUGGGAUCGUUCGGUACAAGGCAGAGGUGGAUUUUGAUGGGAGGGAGAUCACCAGGGCAUACCUGUACAAGCAAGACCUUGAGCUGUUGCUAGAGGAAGCCCAAGGUUUGAAGACUGUUGAGGAUUUUGAGAUCUUCAUGAUGAACCAUGGGGAGAAGAUUAUUGAUGCCUUGGGGGAGGAAGUUGACAGGAUAGAAAAAGCACUGAAGGCCAAGCACCCAGAGAUCAGGCACGUGGACUUAGAAGCCUUGUGAGAGUCACCGGCAGGAUGUUAGAGUCACCGGCAGGAUGUUAGAGUGGGUGGUUGGUAGGCGCUCUAGUGUAGUUUGCUCCUUUUUUUCCUUCAUAUCAUACAUGUAUUGUCCUUAUCUUUCCUCCAUCUUUUCUUUGUUU